CAUAGGUGACCCAUUUCCUAAACAGAAACACAGGCGCCGGGGUCAGUCUGUACGUUCUCUCGUGAAAAACCGUCCUUUUUACCCUCUAGAUCAGCCGGAAAACUGUGUUUCUACCCUGGCGUCAUCUCUGAUAUGGUGUUCAGUGUCACGAUGGACGGGGGAAUCGGUAUUCCCUCGGAUAUGAUUUUCAUCGAUCUGGUGAUUCAGGAUCCACAGACGUUCACCGCCGAGAAGGGUCGGAUCACAACUUACGAGAUCGCCCUGGAGACAAACAGCAUCUCCUUCAUCUUGAAGUCUUCCCAUGUAAGACGGAGGUUCGAGGAGUUUGUGUGGCUGAAGGAACAGCUACAGGAGACGCACGGAUUGUCUGAUCUGCCACCCUUGCCCAGUGGAGGUCUCCUGCGGAUAUUUGGGCGACAGUUUGACAAGGAGUUCAUCAGGCAGAGACAGAAACUGCUGCAGGACUUCUCAGAAAAAAUCGUGCGAGAGCCUGAGGUCCUGUCAGAUCCGAUGCUGCACCUGUUCCUGCAAACCCAGCUCCCGCCCAAGGACAUCAUCCGAGUCAAGAAGGGAGAAACGGGCAAGUCUGUGGUAGAAACCAUCUUAGGAGCCGAGGAGAACCAACUAGACACAUCCAGUGACUCCUCUGCGUCCAGUGGGUUUGUGGAGGUUAGCGACAGCGACUCCUGCAGCAGUGGUUACCUCGUGAUCGAUCCUCACGGUAACAUCCAAGACGUUACAGACAGCGACGAGGAAGAUUUUCAGAUUCCUCCGCUCACCCUCCUGAGAAGAACGUCAGACCCAUCACCGUGGAGACAGUCGCUGUCUAAGAAACACACUUUGUUGACCCAAGAGGGUGGACAACAGAAAUCAGGCUCGAAGCACAAGGAUAAGAGAAAAAGAGUGACUUUUGAUGUUACAUCUGUGAGCUUGUGAUUGUAGGCCUGAGAAGUGAAGUUAUUUUUCUACCAAAGAGAAUCAAUUUAUAAUACCAGAUGUGAACUUUCUGAAUCA